AUGCUUAGGAGAGAUAAAACUGCUACGUCCGGGAACUGGACGGCUCCGGCUCCCAAUGGGAACGGAAGUCAACUGUCCAAGCCUCACGGCCCGCCGUACGCAUCUACCAUGGCCAUCGUAGGCGGCGAGCCCUCCCCCGCGGUCGACGACCCCAUCGCCGUCGUCCUACUCGUGCUAUUCCUCCUCUCGGCAGCAGCGCACCUGGCCGUCCUGCGCAUCAACAGGCAGCGCAACCUCAAGUUCGUCUUCUCAGGCAUGCUGUUCGCGCUGUGUCUCCUCCGCGGCGUCUCGCUCGUCGCCCGCAUGAUCUGGGCCUCGUACCCCAAGGCCGUCGACGCCCUCAUCGCCGCCAGCGUCAUGACCCAGGCCGGCUCCGUGCUCAUCUUCAUCAUCAACUUGUUCUUCGCCCAGCGCGUCCUCCGCGCCUAUCAUCCCCGCCUCGGCUGGCACCGCGGCACCCGCGGCUUCGUCUGGUUCCUCAUCGCUUGUGUCCUGUGCUGCCUCGUCAUGGCUAUCGUCGCUACUAUCCAUAGCUUUUAUACCCUAGACACUCGCGCUCGCCGUGCCGACCGCGCCGUCCAGCUUUUCGCUGGCUUGUAUUUGGCCUUUCUGGCUUUCCUACCCGUGCCUGUCGUUGGGCUGGCAGCAGCCGCACAGCACGCGAGGCGUUUCCGCUUCCACCGUGUUGAGAAGUUCGGCGAAGGUCGGUGGCGCAACAAGGUCGGACUGUUAGUAUUCGCAUCACUAGUGGCUACCUUGGGCGCCGCAUUUCGAGUAGGAGUCAACUUCGACGGUCGUCCUAGCUCCAAACCGGCUUGGUUCCAUAGUAAAGCCUGCUACUACGGCUUCAACUUCGUCACCGACCUCGUCGUGUCUACCGCAUACCUACUGGCCCGUUUUGACCGACGUUUCAUCGUACCCGACGGCGCCCAGGGUCCCGGAGACUACUCCCCUAUUGUCCCAUCCAUGCACUCCACCACCUCCAACAGCAACCUCGUCGGCAAGCUGCCCAUCAUGGGGGCUAGGAAAACCACAACCACGAUACGAUCCCCCCUUAUCCCAACGACCCCAACUCCCACUCCCACUCCAUCACCACCUACUCCCACCCCUCCUCCCCAACAAUCUACAACGCCAUCCCCGUCGUCCUCGCAGUCGCAGCGCAACAACAGCACCACAACAUCCGCCUACCACACCGACUCGUCCAACACAGCCGUGCACACGAGCAGCAGCCUCGACCAGAAACAGCCCUCCCUCUCCCCUGACCCUCUCCCCCUUUUAUUCCCACCCCAACCCCAACCCCAGCCCCAGCCCCAACCGCACAGACCCGCCCUCCGCACCCGCAACCGCGGCCGCCGUGCCAUCAUGCUGCGCAUGCGCAUCAACAGCGAAGCCGACGCGUACGGGCCCGACUGCGGCACGGAGCCCCUAGUCGGAAGCGGAAGCGGGGAAGAACCAGAACCAGGAGAAGGGAGGAGAUCGACGUCGCCGUCGCGGCUACGCGCCCCGGCCCCCGCGCACCUCGGCCCGCCGAUCCUGCCCGCGCUAGAUUUAGAUCUGGAAUUGCUAAGCGCGACGUUGCUGGCGCCGUGGGCGCUGGACAGCUGGGGCUUCGAGACGGGGCCGUCUCGGCGGGGGUCGCGGAGCGGGUUGUUGAGGAAUGGUAGUCGUAGUAGUCGCAGUGGUGGUGGUAGUGGAAACAGCAGCAGCAGCAGGAAUAAUGUCAGUGGUGGUGAUGAUGGAAAUAGCGAAGGUGGAAGCAGGGAUGUAAUUAUAAAUAAUGCUGGGAGUAACGAGAGGAAUAGUAGCGAGAUGAGUAUUAGGAGCGGUGGUGGCCGAAGUUGGAGUUUUAGUUUCGGUCAGCCGCCGGUGCGGGCGAGGACUUUGUAAGGUAUUCUACUGACUGAACGAUUGGCCGGAGGGGGAGGAGAGGUUGCGGAGAGACAGACAGAGAGAGGAGAAGGGAAGAUAUUGUAUACUGGGAGGGAGAGAAGCAUUGUUUUGUUACCAAUAUCACUGGCGUCAAGGAGCUGCUAUAAUGAGGGAAACACUACUGGUGGGGGAAAUGUUGUAUAUGUUGUUGCAUAAGGAUGAAUUAGAAAUUGUGUGCAUAUGUAUACUACUUAACAUUACGAUAUUUAAUGAUUAUACCUGAAUAAUUGGUUUCUACACAAUGAGAAUGGGAUAGUAACCAUCUUGGACCAUCUUGGAUGCGGCGAA